UUCUGCAAUGAGAUUUUCGGGUCGAUUCAGCCGAGACGGCCCGUGUGGAGUUUCAUGUAAAUGUUUCGUACGGGAAAAAAAAAUCGCCACCAGGCAAGUCAGGUAAAAUCCCGCAUUAGUGUACACCCGCCUGCUCCGCUGCAGUUAGAAAACAGUAAUAAUGCAGAAGAGUGGAAGCUAUUUAAGCAGUUAUACAGUAACUACGAGAUUAUCUCCGGGUUACAAAAUGAACCUCCAGAGUUUCAGUUAGCAGUGUUCCUCAAUACCAUAGGAAGAAAAGCCAUCAAAAUCUAUAAUACCUUUAACCUCGGUGAAGCACCACCCGUCAGUGAGGUGAUUGUUAGGUUCGAUUCACACUUUUUAGAGACAAUCAGUAUCAGUGUCACAUAUGAGCGCUAUAAGUUCAAUAAACGGGAGCAACGAACGGACGAAGUGAUUGAUACAUAUGCCACCACACAUAAAGAGCUAAGUCAUGUGACUUUGGUCCAUUGGAAGAUGACUUAAUUCGAGAAAAAUAAUCGUCGGUAUUAGAUGUGAUAGAACGAGAAAACAACUCCUAGAGCAAAAUAAUUUAACAUUGAACGAUGCAGUUAAUUAAACAUGUAGGUUAAAUGAGAGUACAGAAUCAAGGAUGAAGUCCAUGGCAGUCAAGGAUACAAUUAACAAAGUUAACACUGACGGUAAAAGUGGUAAAUGUCACACCAAGACUCCAGAUAAGAAACUUAGAUCCUGCAAAUUUUGUGGUAAAUCACACAUAUGGGAUAGAACCAAGUGUCCUGCUUUUGGGAAAAAGUGUUCGAAGUGUGGGAAACUCAACCACUUCGCCAGCAAGUGUAAAAUGCGUCGGGUCAAGGGUAAAACUGUUGCUUAUGUCCAUGAGUCUCAUGUAGACGAGUCAAGUGAUGACAGUGAAUGGAUCGGUAAGGUAGAAGAUGAGCAGCAGAAUGAUUUAAAAUGUAAGAUGAAAAUUAACAACCAGGUCAUAGUAUUUAACAUAGACACAGGAGCUACAGUGAACACCAUUCCAGUUCGAUAUGCAUCAAACCUGAGACGUGAGGAGAAAACGUUAACAAUGUGGGACGGGUCGCAACUCAAAACUUAUGGUGUCACCAAGGAAGUUGUAUAUAAUCCAGCCAAUGGCAAAUAUCAUGACCUUCAAUUUGUAGUUACCAAAAAUGAUAGAAUCCCAUUAAUUGGUUACCAAGACCUAAAAAGGCUCAGCCUGAUUCAUGUCAACGAGCACAACAUAGAACGAGUAGCACUCGUUCAAUUGGAGGAUUUUCAAUUGGUAUUUAAUAAGACUUCCAUUGGCAACCUCCCAGGAACAGUAGCUCUCGUCGCCAACGCUGAAGUGAAACCUGUUAUAAUGCCUACUAGAUGAGUACCGGUAGCGGUAAAGCCGAAAUUGAAAGCAGAGCUGCAUAGAUUAGAAACACUUGGUGUAAUUUCUAAAGUAUCACAACCUACUGAGUGGGUUAAUGCCAUAGUGGUUAUUCCUAAAAAGUCUGGGGACACUGGUGUCACAUUAGAACUUAUAUUUUUCCCUACCAUAUGCGUGUUGCCCUAAUAUUUAAAUAAUAUGCUAAUCCACUUAGUGAAUAACAAGUUGUUAGUCAUUGACAAAAAGGUGAUUGUAUUGUUACUAAAUUUGCAUAAAGCGUUAAUCCGUUGCCAGCCGGUCAUAUAAAAUGACUAGCGCGAGUUUUCGAAUUACUCUCAAAUUUACUAUCAUACGAUUGAGUCAACCCACAGCCAAUUCUGUGAGGUUCAUGAGACGAGCAGUUUUAUUGUAAGCUUAUCAUGGGGCGCAGUGUGCAUUGGACGCACGAUACUGUAUAAGCCUGGCCUUUGUGAAUUUAUACACAGUUGGUAGAACCGUGAUAAAGUAUUUUUUGUUCCGUUAUAAACCGACGGAAUGGGGCGAGUUAGGAUAGAAACUCCGACAAGGCUCGCAGCUGAACGUGGUGGAGCUCGUCUAUGUUAACCUACAGUACGGUAGUGGACAUUGUGAGUAUUUAAACAGUAAUUGAGAGUAUUGCUAUGCUUACGGAUGUUUAAAGUUGAUUAUAAUAUAAAUAUCAGUAAAUGUAAAUGUAUGGAUAAUUAAAUUAUAAUCUUUAAACCUACUGUUGAUAUAUAGGUACAAUAUGUAACAUGUGUAUUAUGAGUAUAAUUGUAUGUAUAUACAUAUGUAUACAGAUAUAUGUGUGUGUAUUUAUACACAUAUAAUAUAUGUAUACAUAUGAUGUGUGUUUUUAUGCAUAUGUGCUGCAUGUGCAUAUGGGCCUAUAUAACGUGAUUGUUUAUAAGACAUACUCGUUUUAUGCAUGUUUGCUUUAAUACAGUGUCGCCUAACUUUCAACCUAAUAUUUGGGAGCUACUGUGCUAUUGUAUGGAAUUUUUCAAGUAGAAACCAAUGAUAAAGCGUAGAGUAUCGUAAUCAGUUAUACCUAUCAAGAAUGAUGGUGGAUAUUCAACGCAUUAUCAAGAAAGACGUGUUUAAGCGAGAACAGUGAUUAAAUAGAGACGUAGUAUUCGUCAUUACUAUUUACUCCAAUAAUGUUAUAAUAUAUUAAUUAAACUGGUAGUUAUUUGCUAUGGCUAUACACGAAGAUAAUCUUUAAGAUUUGGAUAGCCAAUAUUUCAUUAUAAAUUAAUCAUUGCUAAGUAAUGUUAUGAUUUGAAUUAAAAGCAUUGGUUGCGAAUUUGAUAUUUAAUAUUUAAUGUUGUCUGUUUGUAUUGUUUGUAUUGUGUUGUUUAUUGUUUAAAAAGAAGACUUAUUACUUUAGAAAUAAAGAUUUACCUAUUUGUUAAAUUUAAAAGUUUGUAAUUCUUUUUGUUGUGUACAUUGUUGGACAGACAUUAGACCUUC